CUUUACAUGGGGUUGCAGCAUUGAUGAGUCUAAUGUGCUCCUUUCCAUAUCUUGACUCUCAUCAUAUAUACUCAACAUAUUAUAUAGAUAGAGAGAUAUUGCAGCAGCAGGCUGGUCUUCUAGGGUUUUCUAUUUUCUGCUCUUUAUCCCAGAAAACUUUGAUGGAUGGCGACAAAGAGGUAGCUAGCUACAACUAGAAGCAGCUUAAGAGAUGAUCCGCCCCUGCUGCACAUCAUUCUAUCCUCGUCUUUUCUUCUCUAUCACCAACCAACAAAAACCCUUGUUUUCUUUGCAACUACUAACAUAGAUCCAGUACUUAAGGAUCAGCAAAAAGGAUGGCUUCCUCCAGCAGCUACUCAAACCCUCCGUGCGCCGCCUGCAAAUUCCUCCGGCGAAAAUGCCUUUCCGGCUGCAUUUUCGCCCCCUACUUCCCACCCGAGGAGCCCACAAAAUUCGCCAACGUACACAAAAUCUUCGGCGCCAGCAACGUGAGCAAACUCCUGAACGAGAUCCUCCCCCACCAGCGAGAAGACGCCGUCAACUCUCUGGCGUACGAAGCGGAGGCCCGAUUAAAAGACCCGGUUUACGGCUGCGUCGGAGCCAUUUCUGUUCUUCAAAGGCAAGUUCUUCAGCUGCAGAAGGAACUCGACGCCACCAAUGCUGAUUUGAUGCGUUACACAAACCUAGUAAUGAAUACUACUCAGCGGAGGAGUUUCGAUGACCAUAAUCGGGUUAAUGUGGGUUAUGGUGGAGGGUCCGAUUCGUUCGACCCGAAUCCGGGAUAUCCUGUUCCGUAUUAUUGUCCCAGCUGGAGUAAUGGGCCUCCGGGGGAAAACCCGGAGACUGGUGGCGAUGAUUAGUGUUGAGAUGAACAUCGAUCGUCCACGUUUCGUGUGUAUAAUGUACGUACGCGUAUCUAUACGUAAUUCGGGUGGGUGCAAGUUCAUGACAUGCUUGUUAUGAUUUGGAGCUGCGGAAUACUUAAUUAAUGUGAUCACUUAUCUAAAUUGAUUGUAUGUGGAUGAGUAAAUUUUUGUGAAAUAAAAUGGAACUUUAAUGUUA